AUGCUUCGACUACGCCACUUCGGUGGCCGCACGCUUCGACGACGCUUCGACUCCUCCUCCACGCUUCGACUCCUCCUCCACGCUUCGACUCCUCCUCCACGCUUCGACUCCUCCUCCACGCUUAGACUCCUCCUCCACGCUUCGACUCCUCCUCCACGCUUCGACUCCUCCUCCACGCUUCGACUCCUCCUCCACGCUUCGACUCCGGCGCACUCAUCGACUCCGGCGCACUCAUCGACUCCGGCGCACGCAUCGACUCCGGCGCACUCAUCGACUCCGGCGCACGCAUCAACGAAGGCGCACGCAUCGACGAAGGCGCACGCAUCGACGAAGGCGCACGCUUGGGCGGCGCACGCCUUGACGCGGCACGCCUUGGCGCCUCAACAAUGCCGCACGCUACGCCGCAGCACGCUUUGA